CCCUGUCGGACCCCCAGGAGGCCAGGGGGGGACAUGGUCCCCUCCGUGGGGCCCUCGUGGCGGCCAUGAAGAGGCAGAACGUGCGGACCGUGUCCCUCAUCGUCUGCACCUUCACCUACCUGCUGGUGGGCGCCGCCGUCUUCGACGCCCUGGAGUCCGACUACGAGACCCGCGAGGAGGAGCAGCUGAAGGCCGAGGAGACCCGGCUCAAGGGGAAGUACAACAUCACCCGCGAGGAUUACCAGCAGCUGGAGCUGAUCAUCAUGCAGUCGGAACCCCACCGGGCCGGGGUCCAGUGGAAAUUUGCGGGGUCUUUCUACUUCGCCAUCACGGUCAUCACCACCAUAGGAUAUGGGCAUGCUGCGCCUGGGACCAAUGCUGGGAAGGCCUUCUGCAUGUGCUACGCUGCCUUGGGCAUUCCUUUGACGCUGGUGAUGUUCCAGAGCCUGGGUGAACGCAUGAACACCUUUGUCAAGUAUCUCUUGCAACGGAUGAAGAAGUGCUGCCGCAUGAGGACCACAGAUGUCUCCAUGGAGAACAUGGUGGCCGUUGGGUUCUUCUCCUGCAUCGGGACCCUUUGCAUAGGGGCGGCGGCCUUUUCCCAAUGCGAGGAGUGGACUUUUUUCCAGGCUUUCUAUUACUGCUUUAUCACAUUGACUACCAUCGGGUUUGGGGAUUACGUGGCCCUUCAGUCGAAAGGAGCCCUCCAGAAGAAGCCGCUGUACGUGGCGUUUAGCUUUAUGUACAUCCUGGUGGGGUUGACAGUCAUUGGGGCCUUUCUCAAUCUGGUUGUUCUCAGGUUGUUCAUGAACAUCGAGGAAGAGCGCCGGGAGGCUGAGGAGCAGGCGUCCCUUGCCGGGAACCACAACAGCAUGGUCAUCCACAUCCAAGAGGACUCCCAGCACGGCCGGCCACAGUACAAAGCAGAGGUGACGGACCUCCAAUCCGACUGUUCUUGCAUGUGCUACCGGUCCCACGAAUACACCAGCCGGGUGGUGUCCCACCAAAACUCCUUCAGCUCCAAGCUGAACCUUCAAUACUUUCACUCCAUCUCCUACAAAAUCGAGGAGAUCUCACCAAGCACAUUAAAAAACAGCCUUUUCCCCUCUCCCGUCAGCUCCAUCUCUCCCGGAUUGCACAGCUUUACAGACAGCCGGAGGCUCAUGAGACGGCGGAAGUCCAUUUGA